AUGGCUGAAACAUCAAACCACCAUGAAUCUAUUGGAGAACCCGAAGACCCACUCGAAUUACCCUUACGAGAAAGAGAUCAAUGGGAAUCUACUGAACUCUCAGAAUUGGAACACAUCAGGCAGAAUUAUACACACGCUUCAUCUACUCAUGCAUUGGGUCCUGGUAGUACAGCACCCAAUGGAUUUUGUGGUCAAUUGGCUUUUAGUGUCUCGAAGUUUUGGAGACACCAAAUCAGUGUGACCGUUGACCAUGUUGCAUGCAGAGAUCAUCUCGCUCUCGAACGCACUUUCUUAGCAUAUCUCAGGACUUCACUGGCCUUGUCAAUGCUAGGCGUAUCAGUUGCACAACUAUUCCGAUUACAGCAUUCCCCCACACCAAAUCCAUUAAUAGGGUUCUUUGUACUUGGAAAACCUCUGGCUUGUAUAUGUCAAGGUGCUGCAAUAAUAACCUUAUUGGUAGGAAGUAUCAGAAGUUGGAGACAUCAAAAUGCAAUUGUGAGAGGUAAAGCUCUUUCAGGAGGAUUUGAAGUCAUUAUCAUCGGAGUUGGAUUCUUCUUUAUUUUCCUAGCGUUCCUUGUGCUCUUGAUUGUUGUGGACAUCAUAAAAGAAUAUUUGAAGUCUGAUUGA